AGUAACACCAUCCAGCAGUUGAUUUUAUAUAACUUUAAAGUUAUAUUAUUAGUUUGUCAAAAAAACGACUUCAUUUCGAGUCAUAAUGAUGGCAUUCGGGCUGUUUUUAUUAGUGGUGCAGAUAUCUCUUUUGGGAAGCAAUAAUGGCACUCCGUUGGGGGCGAGCUUGGAUAUUGAUGUUCCUGAAGAAUGCAAAGGACAAGGUUUCUGUGCCGUCAGACCUCAAGGCUAUGAUGCAAUUGAAAAGAGGCUCAACGACAUUCUGCCGCGACAUAAUAUGAUUGAUUUUCACACGAGAUCUAGUGAAUCUACAAACCCUGACGAGAAUGCGGAUAACUGCCCGAGCAUAGUUACGACGAAAUCGGUUUAUAUAUAUGGCCACAACCCUGAAGAAGUAGACAUCAUCGUGCAAACCAAACUGAUACCCCAACAAAUCACAGAAGUUAAAUGCGCGUAUGAUCAGAUGGAAAAUGGAGACGAAUGCUUCGCGAACCUGGGACUCAGUAAUUUGGGCAUGAAGUCUAGUUGCCAAGAGCAUAUAGCGGAACGGUCUUUACUAGUUUAUGACCCUCGCAUAGACAAAGUUAAGAUGAAAAAUUAUAAUAUUACUGUCUGCUGUUCUUGCCACGUCACAAACCAAUCCUAACAACUUGUUUACCUUUUCACAUAACAACGAUCUUUAAUUAAA